UGUCGGAUUUGAUUGACGUUUGACGACGUUUAUAAAAAUAGUUUUUAAUUUUGUGAUAUUGUUAACGAAAAGUAGCAACAAUAGUCGUUUCUCUUGAAAUUAAUAAAUAUUAAUGACCUUCUUACAAAAGUUUUUCAACAUAAUGUCCAAGACUUUAAUUUUACAUUAAUGAGUGACACUAGUAGUGAUUCAGAGGCGUCAGCAACCGAGCAUACAGCACUCAUGGAUGGCCACAUAGCUGAAGCCCGUCCUGACAAGGAGAUAGCUGAACGCAUUGCAAGGAAAAGAAAAACCAAGUCUGAUAGCCAGCGAAACUAUGGUAGUGUGGAGCCAAGAGAAGGGGGUGGGUCAGGUGAUCAUAGGAAUCCAGGGCCAAGUAACAACAACCCGGGAGUGCAGGCAGAGUCACAAGUUGAGGAGCUGGAGCUGAAGUAUGGGGCACGGCAUGUUAUCAAGCUGUUUGUGCCUGUGACUCUCUGUAUGCUGGUAGUAGUCGCAACUAUAUCCUCAAUCAACUUCUAUUCUGUCAAAGAUGUUUACUUGGCUUAUACACCAUUUCACGAAGAGAGUCCAUAUGCAGUGACAAAAGUAUGGAAUGCAUUAGCAAACUCAAUGAUAUUGCUCAGUGUGAUAGCGCUUAUGACUGUCUUGCUCAUUGUUUUAUAUAAGAAGAGAUGUUACAAGAUCAUACAUGGGUGGCUCAUCCUGUCCUCUCUUAUGUUGCUGUUUUUAUUCUCAUAUUUGUACAUGGAGGAAGCAUUGCGAGCUUAUAACAUACCAAUGGAUUUCAUAACUUUAGCUUUUGUUAUGUGGAAUUUUGGUGUGAUGGGUAUGAUAGUCAUACACUGGAAGGGUCCUUUGAGACUUCAACAAGCUUAUCUCAUAUUUAUAGCAGCUUUGAUGGCUCUUGUAUUUAUUAAAUACUUACCAGAAUGGACAACAUGGGCUGUCCUAGCUGUUAUUUCUAUUUGGGAUUUAGUAGCCGUAUUAACUCCAAAAGGACCAUUAAGGAUAUUAGUUGAGACUGCUCAAGAAAGAAAUGAACCAAUAUUUCCAGCACUUAUUUAUUCAUCUACUGUGAUGUACUGCUUAGCAGCGCCAGUGGGUUCGGGUGGAGCCUCGGGGGGCGCCACCAGCGAGCCAGGUGAGCAGCGCGAGCUGCGCCCCCUGCACCCGCACGGAUCGAGGAUACGAAGCGGGGGAGGGGGCGGGGGCUCGAGCAGGCCGGGGGGACUGUGCCUAACAUUACUACUGCUGGCUAUAUUCAAGAAAGCUCUGCCGGCUUUGCCUAUAUCUAUAACAUUCGGACUGAUAUUCUACUUCGCGACUCGCGGCGUCGUCAAGCCGUUCGCGAACGCGCUCGCCGCCGAACAAGUCUUCAUUUAGCUACCGCCCACACAUCUUAGGUAAUUCAAACGAAUUAAUCAAAAGUAGCAUUUAUUGAUAAAACUUUGAUAUAAAAAAACAGAACUGACAACCAAUUUCACUUACAGUUAUUGUAUAUCUUACCUACACGCAAUUUAUUGGCCUAAGAAUAUGUUUAGUGUAGAAUUAGUAUGAGAUAUGUACGCUAAAAGACCGUUUAAGUGACAAAAAAAAUGAAUUUGAGUGCGACUUUAACUUUUUUUUCAUAUCAUAAGGUGUGAAACAAGGAACUCAUAGUGAAACAGCCACUGUCCAUAGACAACCGCAAAUGUAGAUGCAUAGUCUACCUUAAACAAAGAGGUGGACACAUAGAAAUAGAUUAUUCCCCUUUUUAGGCGUUUGUUUUAAUCCGGCCCAUUCAUGCAACCAUUGUUGUUGCUGU